GAAAAACUAGUGGUGUAUAAGGGAGGAAAUAUCAUCAUCUGGCAACUGUUGAUCAGCAGCACGGCCUCGGGCCGCGGCGACUCCUGCCAACUCGUCUAGUGGUCUACUCAGUGCAGGUUAGACUGUGCAUGAGGAAGAAGCUUUGCGUCCCAUCAGAGCACUUGCGAGGCUCUCACGAACAUUUCGAACUAUUUUCUUAUCCUUGACUUUAACACCGAGGACUUAAGUUAGUGUUGGUGUGGCUAACGACUGUGUAGAGGUGUGGCUUGGUCUCUAGUGGAGGAGUUUUUCAAAGUGCCGUCGUCUGCUGCCUCAUUGGCUCAGCUGAUUCCGACAGGAACAGAAGAGAAGAGUCCCUCGUCGGUGGUAGUGGUGGAGGUGGUGAUGGUGAUGGUGAUGGUGAAGGAGGAGGAGGAGGACCAGUAAAGUGAAAAGCGCGGGAACCCUCUUUGUUGUCCAUUUGCCGCCACCUGAUCCUGACGAUGACGAAUGCGGGCAGGCACGACAACGCUGGCUGGGGCGGCAUGGUAGGUGGGAACAGCGGUGCAGGUGCAGGGGGAGCCCGGUCGGGGUACACUGUGUUGCAGCAUGGACCUCCAGCACCCACGCCCGCCGCCUCUAGCAACCACGCCGCCACACUGCACGCCUCCCUAAGCGAAUCACUCUAUUCAUCCCUCAGAAGCUUCUACGAGAGCAUGACCAAUAAUUUUUCUGACACUUGCCAGGCCAACUGUUCGGGCCGCGGCGAGUGUCUCAACGGGACCUGUGUGUGUUUGGUACAGUAUGAGGGGGACACAUGUCGAGAGCCCAACUUGGCUUACUUCAUCAGUUUUGCCACUGUCUUCUACCUGAUCGCCGCCGUCAGCCUCGCCCAGCUGGUGGUGUGCGUGCGUGCUGAGUACAUGAGGCAAAAGACGCCAUCCCUCCGUCGUGCGUGUCGCGUCACCACUCAGAAGAUGCUUUACGUCAUUACCUUUGUCGCCGCCACGUUGCGAGGAGCUUAUUUCUCCUCCCCGGCAAACGCUGACCUCAAGCUGGCACCGUCCUUCGUCAGCGCCUUCUACCCUAUUAUCCUCAGUGGCGGUUCCCUCAUUGUCUGCUUUUGGGCCGAGGCCUUCCAUCUAAGAGACAUCAGAUGUGAACGACCAAGGUUCCUGAGCAAGUCCUUCUGUGGGUUCCUGACCUUCAAUGUGCUGACCUACUCCCUCCUGGUGGCGGAGAUACUCCUCACUCGACAGACGGGCACGCAGGAGGAACGGAGCUUCUUCACUCAUAUCUUCAAUGGGUGUUAUGCUGUGUUGCUCUUCAUUGUGGUGGUGUUCUUUCUCAUCUAUGGAGUGGAGGUAUACUUCAAGGUGCGUGGGGGCUUCAUUGACGACACCAUAAUUGUUGGUCACGUCCAUUCCCGCACUCCUCCCCAGGACCUUCUCAGCCACUCCCUUCCUCCCCUUCUCAAUUCUUCUGACACUGAUCCAUCCUCUUCCUCUCCCUCAUUCUCAACUGAAACUUCCUUAUCCUCUUCCACCUCUUCACCACUGUCCUCCUUGACUCCCCUUGCUCCAUCCUCCCCAUCCAAAAAGAAAUUUUUUCCUAAGUCUGCCAGUGAGGACAGGCCUUCUGAAGAACAGGAUCCCUCCACUCAGCGCCUUGUUCCUGAGCAGGUGAAUGUCACCUUAAUUAGUGUGUUUAUCAAGGUGCAUGGCUGUGGAAAAGUGCACAUUAAAGGAAAAUUUAAAUUGCACCAAUUUGCCCCUAAACUGGAUUGUGUGAUGUGUUUCUGUGUCAGCUUGAAAGUAGUUCCCUUAAUGUCGAGGAAUGCAUAUGACAUUAUCUUUCGUGUGGUGGAGCUUGGGGUGGCUUUAUGGUUUCCAUGUGUCCUGUGGAACUGCAUGUCUCCUGAGCAGCUGUGGAUCCUCAACCCUAAGAAGAUCCUUAAGAAACUGGACAUAGACCGCUCUCUGGAGCUGGGACAGAAGGUGCCACAGAAGAGCGAUGGAGCAUCAGCUGAUGGGGGUGCCGAGUGCUGGAUAUGUUAUGAUACAGAGCGCACUGAUGCUGGUCCAUUGAUCCAGCCAUGUGACUGUCGUGGAGAUGUGGGGGCAGUGCAUCAUCAUUGCCUUCGCAAAUGGCUCAUGGAGUGUGCAGAGAACUCCUCAGAGAACUUAUCCUGCAAAGUGUGUGGGGCAGUGUACCAGCUGGAACGGGGACGUGCCUGGUGGAUUGGUCAAGGAUUCACCACUCGCCAUUGGCUCCAGACUGCUUCCUUGGUCACUGUCAUGUGUGGCACCAUUGCUGGUGCUUGGACACUAAUCCAGAUGUAUGAUGAUGCAUACAUUCGGUCCCUGGCAGCUGGAGCCACUCUGCUCAUCAUCUAUGUCUGCUUAAAGUUCCUUGGCUUUAACACAUUCAGUGCAUACCAACGGGCCCGUUACUCAGCAGUGAAGAUUUUGGGAAGACACUUUGCCCAGCGUGAAACUUGCCCGCCAGUAGAAACAGGAGUUCCAGCUGCAUCUGGCAAUGUCUCUACCAUCAGCUCUGAGGUCUUAGUGGAUAUGAAUGCCACAGGUGUUCCCAAAAUGCCUGAAGCCACCAUUUGAAAUUCUGACACAAGGCUCUAUUGAGAGAGAGAGAGAGAGAGAGAGAGUGAAUGCAGGCUGGCUUCUGCUGCUUUGCUCUGUGGAGGAAUGCUGGCAUUCAUGAUAUCCAAAGAAAAGCACCAUAAUAUAGUUCAUAGUUUUCUCAUGUACUUUGUAAGAUGCUCUUGUUCCUGCCCCAUAAGUGGCAUUGUAAUCAGGAGCAUUUGCUGAAGUAAAGUUUGCAGCAACACAAGGGAGUAGCAGCCAGGACCCAAGACUUAUGAAACAGAUGGUCUUGAGGAGGACAAUCAAGGCUGUGGGUCUCUCUCCCUUUAGAGUGGUGAUGGUAUUGACUGAACUCAAUACUUAAAAGUGAUCAGUUAGUAAAUAUUAUGGGUUGUGGCAUGAAUAAUAUUCAUAAGUGACUCAGCUCUGGUGUUACUCCCAUCAGAUAUAUUUUCUUGAAAUAAUUACUGUGUGUAUUUUAUAUACUUGUAGAAAAUUAUGCAUUGAUGUUCAUCCUUGAUGAAAAGAUUCAUCCAACAUUCAUUUUCACCUCACUUGUAUACAGACAUAAAAACAUACUUGCUCAAUGUAAAUGUCACAUUUCAGACACACACAUCAUCAUCCAUAGUGCAGGAUAAUAACAAAUGAAUCACGUAUUUUGCAUAUUCAUAUCAUUUUCAUGUUCACUUGAAAAUAAUUAUGGGAAGUAUGAAUAGUUUGUUAUAAUUGAUUUUUAUCCUAAGGAGUCACAGGAAUGCUACUUGUUUGCUGCUGCUGCUCUCAGGCCAGUCGGCUACUCUUAUACCAUCCAUAUACUGUAUUAUAUGUAAUUUUGCGUCACUUAUAAAAAUAUACCUGCUAGGUCAUUCCCUGAUCUUUACAAAAUGCAAAUGCUAGGAUUUUCAUAAGCUUGCAACUUAUGUAAGACUGCUUGCAUGUCUCAAUUGUCAUUCAGCAUUUGUGAGAGAGCAUUAAAUGAGUGAAUAACCAUGGCAGCAGUUGAUCACAACAGUAGUAAUAAGCUUUUCCAUGAAUUAAUGUGCACGUAUCUGUCCAUCUAUAGGAAUACUAAUUCCACAGAGCAGGUUAGUAUCCAUGUGACUGCUAUAUGUAUAUACUUUGGAAGAUAGCAUUCAUUUGUGAUUAUAAGUGUACCAGUGUUUUUUUUUUUUUUUUUUUUUUUACUUGAGAGGGUAGGCAUUACUCUAGUCCUCCCUUUAAACCUCUCACCCGACACGUCAUCCACCUCAGUUUGAAAAGUGCAUGCCAGACAAGGUUUUCAUCACAUGUGCAACCCAAAUAGAAAUAUUUGAAGAGAUUUCUCAGUUAGUUUAGCCAGCUCUGGAUGCUUGCAAUGUUUGGGACUGGCCAAGAGCUUUAUUGUCACUACUUGAUAACAUGGGAUCCAUGAUGUUAACUCCUGUUUCCUACACCUAACUAAUAUCCUCCUUUUGCCUAGAUUUGGCAUAAUUAUUAUGAAAUAGUCUUGCCAUAGAGAUUUACACUGCAUCCAGCUUGCCAUUUUCAAACUGACAAGUAGGAGAGCAGAGUGCAAAUGAGGGAUCUUCAGGAAAGACUAGUAUAGUCUCUACCCUCCCAAGCAUAAAAAAAAGCUGUGAUACAUAAGAAUGUACAGUAAAUGUAGGAAGUUAACAGAGAUGAGUUUGCACAUUUAUCUUAACAUCCAGAAAGUUUAAUAUCUAGUUUUAGAGCUGAAAGCAUUGAAACAGCAGGUUUCUCAGCAGGAAUGGAGAUAGGAGGAGGAAUGUUUGUUUUCCUUCUUAUCCAUCUUGGGAGGAAAGAAGUUGCAUUCUUCUUCAUAUUCGAGCAAAUAUAACCAGGUUUUGCAGGACAUUUAUAAAUAAAUAUUGUUUAUGUAAUGCAAACAUAUAGAGACUGUGGCUCUUUAUGGGAAGCUAGCAUUAGGUAUGACUGCUGGAGACAGGUUGUGAUAAUGGCUUUAAUUUAUUAUGUAUUAUCUUAAGUCAUGCACACCACUGUUCAUAUUGUCUUAUGGGAAAAAACAACAUAUAAUUUUAAAUAUAAGUUAUCAUCUAAGUAAUCAAAGCAUGUGUGUCCUGUGGUAAGAUUUGUGUUGAUUGAUGGCAAAUGAGACUUGUGAUUCAAAAGCUUCAUAGCUGUGACUUGUAUUGCUAGAAAUUACUUCAGAACAUUAAGAACCAAUGAACUGAAACGUGAAUAGCAUAUUUACGGUUAUUGACAUAUAUUGCUUUGUAGAACUUUAUAAUUUAUAACAUUGAAAUGGUAGAAACAAGAAAUCUUAGAUGAUAGAAAAUUUAAAUAUUUCCCCUUAACUACAUAGCAAUAUGGAAAUAUAGAUGAACAAUACAAAAAUUUGGAGCUUAUGGUGCAAUAUACAAGUGAGAUGCAAGGGAAACGUGAGGGGCAGAGAUAACUUAGUUGAGGUGUGAAAUUGUACAGAUAUAUGGUGUUGGAAAUUUAUUUUUUUUUUCUUUCUCUUUUUUCCAGUUCUAUUCUGCACAAUUAAGGUUCAGAAGUUAAAGAUUUAUCUUUUUGCUGCUAUUUAAGGCAUUUGAGGGUCAGUCAGCUGAGCAUUCUAAACCACAAAAUGAUGCAAUAUUAAAUGAAGCUGUUAUAAAUUUGACCACAUAUUUCAUCUACAUGCCCAGUGAGUUGUACAGAGAUUGAAAUCUGAAAUCAUCUUGUGUGCAGACAUGUGUUAAUGCUAACUCCAGAUAACCACAUGUAUGUCUACAUUUUGACCUUCCAAUCAUGAUCUAUAAAUGAGGCUGUGCCUCCAUUUAAUUUUGUGUACUAUAUUUCAAAUUUCUUCAGUAUUAUAAUAGAUUAGUACUAUUACUCUUGUCAUUAUGCUUUGAAAUGUCUUGUCAUUAACACUGAACCCUUUUCCAGUCCUCUGAAUAUGCCUUAUCACCCUGAUCAUUACUUGAUAUUUCAUAUAUAAGACCUAUGUUAACUCAGACUUACUGUAAUCUGUAAUCUCUGCCACCCACAUGCUGACCCUGUACCUGAGCCUUGUCUGGCCCUGUAUGGAUCGUAUUUUUGUCUCUUAUAGAGAAGGAAUCAUUACUUUUUCUCCAUUCAUACUGUAGCAUUAGGCACAUAGUAUGUAAAUAUCCUUUGGGAAAAUUUUAUAUGUUAAAGUGUUCCACAGUAAUCCUUUAGUUUGUCAGUUAGACUGGUGUUCUGUUCAUUAUUGUUUGGUUAUAUGGUAGGUGGUGCUUUUCUUAAUGUACAUAACAUAAUGUGUUGGUUAAAUGAUUUAUGGACAAAAGAGAAUGAAUGUAAUUGGCCAAAACUGAUAUGGAAUCAUGUUAGGACUGUGAUAUGGUUUGUUGUAGGAUUUUGUGAUAUGAAGAGGGCACUUUCAUAUUUGCUACAUUAUUUAAUUGCCUAUUAUUUUCAUACAAUCUGUUAAGAGAGAGGCCCUGUCUGGACACAAUUUGUUUUCCUUUAUUUGAUAAAGCUCCUUGUGAUAGAGUAGGUAAGGACAAUUAAAUUGAAGGGUCAGACUAAUCUAGAGAUAAUUUAUGUCUACUAUUUAUACUGUAAAUUGCAUUUUUUUUAACUGUACAGGAAAUUCAAGAAUUAUAUAUAUAUAUAUAUAUAUAUAUAUAUAUAUAUAUAUAUAUAUAUAUAUAUAUAUAUAUAUAUAUAUAUAUAUAUAUAUCAGGUACUUCAUCUUCCUGCCAAGUAGCAUAGAAGAGAUUGAUGGUUGUGUGUAAAUUCCAGUGUACAGCAAGGUUAAUUGACAGGAUAAAAAAAAAAAAAAAAAAAAAAACAGCAAAAUGUGUAUUGACUUGUUUAACAGUGAAUAGAAGAACCAGAGCAGUCCCCUGUUGAAGCUUGAGGUUGACUUUCAGUAGCUAUAUAAAUUAUAAUUACUUCACUAUCAAGUUAGUCAUGUUAUUAGAAAGAAAAUGUUUUAUAAAGGUCUCAGCAAUAAUACAGACUCAUUGGACUGUAUAGGUAGUUGUCAGUUAUGGUGCAAAUGACCACCCCAUCCAAAUCAAAUAUUCUUUUUUGUGUUGAAGAGAUGAAAACUACUAAAGUAUAUUUUUGCUUCAGAAUUAGUAGUUUAAUAGAAAUCUUUGUAGACAACGUAUCUCCAGGAGUUGUGUGUGAUGUCUUGCUAAGUGAGAACUUUGUUCAGUAUUCUAGCACAUAUUAAGCUUGAUGAUCCCUUUGCUGAGGAUGUGCAUCUGUUCCUUAACUCAUGCAGAACUUGUGAUGAAUCACACACAUUCUUUAUGGACUUAUAACUGCCAGUAAAGAAAUUCACUCCAUUUGUAUGCAGCCUUUAAUAAAUAUUUAUUUCAAAAUAUAUCACCAAACAUAAUAUAAAUAGGAUACCUUUCUUAACCUCUGCUAGUGUUAAUGAGGCAGGAAGAAAGAAAUCACAACAGUAUUUUAUUAAAGUUCUGCUCAGAAAAGGAGCUGAAUUCUCACUAGUGGCUAUACCUCUGAUAACUGGAGCCAUGUAGAAUUACCCUUAAUUCCAUGUAUUUAGUUUGUAACAUCUUGUCAUCUGUACCUUUUCAGUCAGACUGGAGAAGAAAUAUAACUUGAUCUUUGAGUGCACCAAGACCUGUGCUGGAUAUGGGUAAAGCAUUCAUUUUUUGUGUUAUUUCCUCCAGUUGUAACUAUUGUCUUAUUUUAUCUUGAUCUUACAUGAUAAGUAUAUUAGUAACAUCUUUGUAUUGUGGAAUUUGUUGGUGUUUUGCGUUGGAGAACAAGGUUCUCAGUAAUUAUAUUUGAGCAUUCCCAAACCUUAUCAACAUAUUAAUGCAAGUAGAAAAUAGCCUGAUAAAUAUAAGUUUGUAUUUUACAUUGCUUUAUCAGAAAUGUCUGUGCCUCACACACACACACACACACACACACACACACACACACACACACACACACACACACACACACACACACACACACACACACACACACACACACACCUUAUAUUUUACUGUUUAUAACAUCUGGUCUGAAAGUGGAGGUAAUCUUAGUAGAGGAGUUAUGUUAAAGAAGGAAAAAAAAGGCUUGAGUUUGGGAAAGCAGGUUUUAUGGAUCUUUGAACAUACCUUCACUGUUGUCUUAUAGUGUAUGUAGAGGCUACCACCAUCAAUAACAAUUAUUUCAAGACUGUU